UGUUUACAAAGAAAUCACAUGUCAAUGUUGUUACCGGAAGUGACUCAAAUCGUCAUGCAAUGCAUUCUGGGUUUUUCCCCAUUAGGUUCUAAACUGUCGACGUGAUGCAGUUUUCAAUGGGACAAUGUCUUGAUAAGUCACCCAAUUAAGAUGGAUCAUUUCAAAUGAAAUAUGGACAAGACAACAAGAAGUGAACUAAUAAAAACUAUUGAGAGUCAGAAAGACAAAAUUCAAAGAUAUGAAGCCAGAUUAAGAGAUUUAAUCAGUGCUUACAAAGGUUUGUCGAAAGAGAAAGAGGCUCUGGAAGCUAGCAUCCAAUGUUUAACUGCCACUGAUUUGAACAAUGGUAUAGGUAAAAAAUCAUUUUCUGCUGCCAACAAGGAAAACAACAAUGACAAAGAAAAAACAGAUGAAGAAAAACAAGAAAUUCCUCACCCAUUACAGUCAAAGUCCAGUGAAUCCCAUCAGACUGAUAGUGAAGAAAAGUUGGCUACAUUGACGACCACAUUAAGUGUUUUGACCAAUGAAAAAUCUCGACUUGAAAGUAGUUAUCUCGCUGAAAAGAAACAGCUAAAAACAGAAAAUGAAGAUCUCCAGAGACGGCUAGAAGAAAAUGAAAAAGUAUCUAAUCUAAAACAGCGAGGACAAGAUGAAAUUAUCAAGGAUCUAAAACAGAAACUUCGGUCUCAGCAAAGAGAGCGAGAACUGGAGCAAACAGAUCAUGCCUUUAUGUUACGGGAACUUCAAAAACUUGUCAGUGAUGAGCGGACUGCCAGGGAAGAUCUUGAAUAUCAACUGGAUUUAUCCCAAAAUGCAUUGCAAGCUAAAGAGAAAGCCAAUAAACUUUCAGAGCAGUAUGAGAAGCGGAUACACGACUUAUCUAACGAAUUAGUGGUCUUACAGAAUCGUCUGAAAGCUGCUGAAGAGAAGGCCAAUCAACCAUCUCCAUUACUUCUUGAAUUACAAAAAGAAUUAACCAGCUUGAAGUCUCAGUAUCAUAGUCAAGUGUAUCAGGAAGAACAAAGAGCCAACGAUGCCGAAGACAGCUUGAAUAAUAUGGCAGAACAAAGUGAAGAACGGGUUUCUGGUUUGGAAACUAAACUCUCUGAUUUGUCUGAGGUGGUGGGCAACUACGAACGAUUACGUUUACAAGACCAGCAAGCCAUUCAGCGCCUUAAAGAAAGGGUUGCUCAGCUUGAUACUGAGAAUAUGGCCCUAGCCCAGGCUGCUCACAUCCCAGAUAUAAAGAAAGAUUUAGAAGAAGACACUGAUGUCAAUGAUGUUCAGGUACUUGUUGAUAAAAUCAAGAAAUAUAAGUUGAUGUUAAAUACAGCGCUAAGUCAGAAAACUGAGAAAUCAUUUGAACUUAAUGAUAUUGUCUACAAUGAUCUUGUUGCUGACUGUUCUCUUUGUAAGAAGUAUGAAAAGGAACUUGGUGAGCUGAAAGAAGAGUAUGAACGAUACAAAAUUAGGGCACAAGCUAUACUGAAAAGUAGAAGCUUAAAGGAAAACACUUCUCAAGAAGACAAUUUACGGGAACAAGUAAAUGAAUUGAGAGAAAAAGUGAAAACUUUACACAUUCAACAUGAGAUCCAGAUGAAGACACAAUUAGAGAAAGAAGAUAACCUUCACAGUAUAAUGGUAACCCUUCAAGAGAAACAUCAUUCAGAGCAGAAUGUGAUGGUCAGUGAACAUCGACAUCAACUGGCAGAGCUUGAAGAAGAAUUAAAAAAGCAACGUAAUAGGACUAUAUCCAUGUUAAUGGAAAAGGAUCUUGAAAUUGCACGGCUUCAGACACUUGCUAAUCUUCCAACUUAUAAUACAGACUUGUACAGUCAGCAUUCGUCAUCAGCAUCAUUACCACAGAAACAGAUGGAUGCUUCAAAUGCAAUGGACAAUGCUGGUUCUGGUAUCUUACCAGAAGAGCAACAAAGUUUCUCUAAGUUAUUGCAUAAUGUUUCUUCCCCUUCAGGUGAUAUGCCACUCAUACAUUUUGCUCAAGAAAUUGCUCGCAAAGAUGUUGACAUUGCUUCUCUUCGAAGCAGGAAAUAUCAGCUGGAGACAGCACUUCGAGAACUUCAGCAUUCUUUAUUGCUUAAAGAGCAGAAAGCUAAAGAAGAGCAUGAACAGUUACAAGAGAUGCUCCGUAAGCACGAAAGAGAUAAGUCAAGAGAAGGAGCUAAUUUAGAAUAUUUAAAAAAUGUCGUAUAUCAGUUUCUCAUCUGUACAGACUCUUCUGGGAAACAAAAGAUGCUAAAUGCAAUAAUUACCAUAUUGCAGUUUAGUCCUCAAGAACGAGAAAAAGUAUAUUCUUUCUGUAAAGUACGGUGGGGAUAAAAAUUUUGAAUUUCCAGUAUAUUUUAUGACCAAAUUAUUUUACUGAUUAAAUCUCUGUUAAAGUCUAAA